UCAGGUGUCGCGUGCACAGUUGCUGUAAACUCUGCCUCUUUAUUUCGACCGUCGAUUUUGGCCGCUGAGGUUGCUCAACGCCUUGCUGUUUUGGGUUUCAGCGCACGUGAGAUGUACUUCAACUAAUUAGAUCAUCCGACACAAUGAAAGGCGGCUUGGCGUUUCUGCUGACCCUUCUAUCUCUGAGCAGAGUUCAGUGUUUGCACGAAGACGAAUGCAUUACAGGAUUCAGUGUCGUCGCACCGGAAAUAGCUGUGCCAGGCAAGACCACGGCGGUUUUCAUAACGCUGAAUGGACUUUCCGCACCCUCGAGGACGUUCAAUGUCACCCUUCGGCUACUGGAUAAUAGUCAAAUUUCUCAGAACAACUUGAACGCAUAUAACCAAGCUCUAAUCGAAACGACCCAUGAAAUAAAAGGUCACGGCAUCCUUCCCUUGAAAGUGCCAGCGGAUGCCUCCGGAAGCUGUCUUCUGCAGACUCUAAUUAACUGCACCGUGACAGCAGGAAGGGAAAAAGAUAGGAACCAUUGCGGACUGAGAAGCUCAUCGGAAAUGCGUCUGGUCGGUCCGGUGAGGGACGUUAUCGUUAGACCUGCCAGCCAUACUUACAGACCGGGGGAGACCCUUUUAUUCUGGAUCUUAGCUUUGAAUCACGAUUUACAAAUAGCCAUGGGAGCUAUUGGUAGCGUGAGCGUGAAGGAUCCCCAGGGAACAAAGGUCGCCAUAUGGGAUCAAGUGGCACUAGACGAAGGAGUGAAAUCCUUUAGUUUACCUUUGAGCCCCUAUGCACUUAUUGGUCGAUGGGUACUUCAAGUCGAUGUAGACCAAGCUGAAUUUUUCGUCGCUGUAGAAGUAACGCCAAAUACAAACUGGGGAUUGCCAGAUGUCGCUGUCGCCGAAGAGCAUUAUGUUGAAUUGCGAUUUAGCAACGAAAUGCGUAGAAGAUACAAACCGGGAUUGCCAUUCGCUGGAAAGGUGCAGGCGAUGAGUACCGAAAAAUCAGUGCGAGUUCGGGUGAAAGUGUUCGAUAAUACGACUUGCAUUUAUUCUCAAGAUAUAGAAAUUUCUAAUGGGGAAGGCACAUUUAUUGUUCCGUCGAUAAUGGCUGAUAGCGAUACAAUUGCACUUCAGGCCGAGUUGGUAUCAGUUGAUAGCAAAGAAAUAGAGAGUCAUUACGUGCUAGCCCGCGAGUCCAUACAGAAAUGGAAUUCUUCAUCAGAUUGUUAUCUGUUAAUUGAGGAUAUGGAACAUACACUGCAACCCAACGAGAAAGCUCAUGUGACGAUUUUAUCGACAUGUUCCUGUGAUAACGACAUGCAGCUCGCUAUCACAACAGACGGCCAAAUCACGUACUGGAUAGACCGGAACAAUGAGCAAAAUUCGAUUAUGGAGUUAACAAACGGAGGAAAUCACUGCAAAAUCAAAUUUAAUUUCACCGUGAAAUCCAUAAUGGCCCCCGUAAGCCAGUUGUUGAUCUACUAUGUCACCCCGCAAGGCGAACCAGUUAGUGACAUCAUUAGCUUCCACGUGAAACUUAUAGAACCACAGGUUUCAGUAAAUCUGGAAGAAAGAGAAUGGUGGCUUCCUGAUCAAUAUAUAGACGUUGAAGUGAUAGCGGCACCAUCUUCUCUCGUAUGUCUUUUGGGAGGAAGAGAUGGAGUCAAUGGCGAUAUUAGGUUCGAUCCAAGAAUAAGCGAAGACAAGCAAAAACAUUCGAUUAUUACCGGCGAGGUCGAUUUUUUGGAAGCCGGGGUCUCAUUUUACCAACAGCAGUGCGCACGCAGGGGUGAUUCCGGAGCAUCGAUAAUCUCAUUUAGGCAAAGAGGUUCCGGAGCUGGACCUUCGAAAAGAAGCAACGGACCACCUGAAAGUUUAGUGGGCGGAGCACCGUUUGAUCAACUGUGGAUGUGGAGAUGCUUCAAUACAACAUCUGAAGUCGGCUCCACAAAAGUCUCAAUAAACGCACCAAAAGAUGCAGGACGUUGGUCGGUAUGGGCAUUAACCGUUUCAAAAGCGGGUCUCAGGUUCUCCGUGCCAACGCAUAUCGAAGUUUUUAGGCCGCUGGAAGUGGAAUUUCGACUCCCCUCUUCAAUGAGGGUACGCGAAACGCUCGAGGUCGAUAUUAAAAUUGGAAACAAUUUGAAUUCGUGUGUCGACGUUACAGCGCUGUUAGCUCUAAGUGAAGGAGCUCAGUUUGUAAAUAACGGAUUGCUGUAUGUGACGGAACGGUUGAGAUUGGGUCCACGCGGUGCCACAUCAUUGGUCGUUCGCAUUCUAGUGACCACAGCGGGAAUGAAAAAUUUUACUGUUGAAGUAAAUGGAUAUACAAGUUUAAGCUGCGAAGGAAUAGAAAACUCAGACAACAGCACUCUAUCCGGUGCGGUGGUACAUUCAGCCACCGUGAAAGUUCUUCCCGAAGGCAUUGUCAGAAGUCACACGGAAAGCGCAUAUUUUUGUGCCAAUGAAAACGUAAUAGUAUCGACGACAGACAAUUACAAGUACGAAUGGAUUCCAUCGCCAAGGAACCGUGAAAAUAUCGUUAUCGAAAUCAAGACAAAUUCUUAUCCAGUAUAUAUCGCUUUGGCCGAGAGCAAAACCAAACUGGACAAAAUGUACAGGAUAACGAUCGGCGAUGCUGGAAAUACCAUGUGUCACAUUGAGCGUGGAAAAUAUAAUUAUGGAAUCCAAUUGGCUUCGAUAACAAUGCCUAAUAUUUUGGCGCUAAAUGAUUGGACUACGUUUUCGAUUUCUUGGCACGAUAACGUGAUCUCCUUCGGUAAUGGGUCCGAAUUAAAUAACAUGACAUUACUUAAAUGGCGCAUGGAUAAAAAAUUUAAAGUGCGUUAUAUUGGAUUUGCAUCCGCUUGGGGUAAUCUGGCCGAAUUCAGGAUUUGGAAUAACAAUGACGAGGCAGGUUUCAGUCAAGUUCUCCAUCUAGAUACGCCGAAGAAAGUAGUCCCAGGAUCUGAAAGAGGCAAACUGGUAAUUACCGGCGGAAUAUCCGUACCCAGUUUAAAAUAUAUCGAAGGAUACGGUUUAAGCGAAGCUUUAGCAUCCCUAACUCCAACUUUGCCGCUUCAGCAUUUACAUCUGAGCACGAACGACUCCAGCCGGGAAGAAAUCGCCAAUUUGUUGCCACCACGAAUACAGUCCAUUUUAUCAUUCAGAAAGGAGGACAAUUCGUUUAGUCCGCAUCCAAUGUUGGGCAGUCAUAAGGCUACAGUGUCUAUAUUGGAGGCUCUAUCAAAAGUGCAACUCUAUUUUAGUAUUGACCCAGAACUUAUCCAGUCAAUAAAACGUUGGGUUCAAUUGCGUCAAGAAGACGAUGGAAGGUUUACACCACUAGACGCAGAUGUCAAGAUUUCUCUAAGUAGUUGUUCGAACUCAAGAAAGAACCUUACAGAUGAGGCGAUAAUUCAGGAAAAUAUAGUUGAAAUCACUGCGGAGACCAUAAUAUCAUUAUAUGAAAUCGGAAUCCAGACGGAUGCCGAUUCAGAUGCAAUUCAAAAGGCAAAGAUAUUUAUCGAGAACAGCUUACCCAACAUUGAGCUUCCAGAAACAAUUGCCGCCGUUGCACUUGCGUUAGUACUGGUUAGAAGUGCGACAGCUGCUUGGGCAAUCGAAAAAUUAAGAAACGCAUCAACCACGGAAGACGGCGAGUUUGGAUGGACACAUUUUGUACCGAAGAAGGACGCCGCCGAUUGGUUGUACGAGUCCGAAACUGGAAAAAUACUGAAGGAGCCUUUAGCUGCCACGGUGGAAGAGUACAAAGCUUCGAUAUAUGCCCUCUCAACUUUCUGCAUCAUCGGCGAUCUUAGAACUGCUGAAAGUGUUUCGAAAUUUUUGUUUUACCGCUCCCACAUGUUGGACAACCACUACGAUCUCUUUUAUCCGGCAGUCAAAGCUUUCUCCAAAUACGACGCCCUUACGAGAGACCGUCAUCGGUCUCUUGUCGUGUCGCUAGCCACUUCCGGAAUGGAACUUACAGAUACGUUGGAACUCAAUAAAAACAGACAAUCCCAAACUCUGUACCUGCCAAGUUUACCCACUAAGGUUUUUGUUUAUGCGACUGGUGCGGGUUGCGCAACAGUGCAGGGUAAAAUAGCCUACUCAACCUACGCUGCCAAAAACAAAACUCCUCUGUUGGAAAUUGGAUCCGAGAUUCUAGAAGAGCUACAAUCUGAAUCUAGUUCUGUUGAAGAAAUCGAUGGAAAAUUACCAAUGUUAAAAGUAAAGACAUGCUUCAAGUGGAAAGGAUCUAAGCCGUCCCCUAUACUUCGACUAGACGUGGCACUGUUCUCGGGUUUUGAGCUUACAUCAAUUCCUCCGCAACUGCUGAAUCCUCCGCAGGAAAUGGCAGAAAUGCAGCACAGCACUCACGACAACAAGCUUUGGCUCACUUUCGCCAACAUAUCGACCUCGUGUCCCGUUUGCGUGCAAUAUAGUAUCAGAAGCCCGUUUGUCAUAAGUUCUGCGCGACCCGCUUAUGCUAGGAUAUAUCCUUCAUCGAGGGAAGACCUCGCUGCGGAAACUUUCUUCCAUUCGCAAUCAAAAAGCUCCUUGCUCAGUUCUGUCACCACCGACGAUCUCGUAACGUGGUUUGGAACAAACGAAAAUGGUAACAACCAAUUGGACAUUUCAAAAGAGUGUAGAGAAAAAGAAUUUUCUGGACCAUCCGCCACGAUCUUGGUCGAAAAGAUUGCCGACCCCAUGUUUAACUUGAGUACGUCGGCAACCAAUAUAUUUGAGGAUUCAAAAAAAUUGGAACUUACGAAAACGGAAUCAAUGUCUUCAGGCGAUAACCCGUCGAACCACACCGUCGCCCCAAGCAUCUUAAAAAUAAUUGAGCAGACGAAAUCGUUAAAACGACAUUUCGAAAUGGUCAGUUUGCUUUCAGAUACCGAGAAUGUGCAAGAGCCAGCAGAGAAUAUCACCACCUUAGACAUUCUACCGACGUCGACUGAAAGUAACCCGUCUUCACCAAGCGACAUAAACGCUACGUCAUCUUGGACUCAUCAGACCCUUACAAGCACACCGACAACAGUAAGGGCACCUAUCGCUCCAACUGUAAUUCUAAGAAGUACCGCUUCCCCUAGAUACAUUAACACGGAACAAAUCCAUAACAUACCUCGUCGGAUGUUGAUCGAGAAAGACGAAACUUUAUUUAAUCCCGACAUCAAAAAUUAUCAGUAUGUUUUGCUGAAUAAAGACGCACUUUGGAGUAUGCUGAAAGAAGCGGUCAGCGACGAAUUUAAGAGAAACGACGUUUCAAACGCCCUUGCCGGCAGCAAAAAAGAAGAGAGUUAAUUUGUGCAACAUAUCCCGCUGUGUACAAAACAUAAAUCAGUGGCGGAGCUUUCGGCGUUUGAAUAACACGUUUUUAGUGGAAUCGUUACGCAAAUUGCACAUGGUUGCAGAAAUCGUAGCAAUAUAAGGAAGUGUCUUCGGGAAACCAAUCAACAAAGUUUUUCCUCAGAAACCUCAACAUAUGUGUCAAUUAGAUUUUAAAAAAUUGCUUGUGAGAGCUGAUAAAUGUGAUGAAAUGCCUGUUUUGACGUUAAAAUAACUAAACUGACAGUAAAACAAAAAAUAUAUUUUUUCUUGUAAAUCUUAUACAGGAUGUUGCAAAAUGAUUACUAAAGAUAUCAUCGGUGCAAAUAUGGUGUACAUAAUUCGUUUGAUUGCGCCCGUAUCAUAUCGGUACUUUAUUUUGAAUCCAGCAUUGCUGUUGUGUUUCCAUUUCUUGCUUGUUACGGUUCGAGUAAUUUGGCAUUGAAUGACUGACGCAAAAAGGUUAUUCAAAAAGCAAUUAAGUUCGUAUCGCCCCGAUAACAAAUUAUUGGCUACCCGUCCUUAUCAAAUUUUUGUCAAGAAAAUUUGCGUAAUCAACAUUUAUCAGCCAAAAAAAUAUGUUUGAAUUUCUUUUCAGUGCUGCUGUUUUCUGCUACAUGAGAAGUUAGCAGCAGACGCAAGUAGCGAUAAGGAAAUACUAUAUGCUAUACGUGCCAAAUUGCACCUCUUGUCCCAGUGAGACAUUUUUGCAAGGUACCCGUUUGUGUGGACGACGAGAAUUCGGACAAUUAGUAUUGGUAAAAAAAGUCGCUUUUCCAAUACAUCCUUCUCUGAGGUACAUCUCAGCAAUCUAGAGAAGACGUUGUCCCAGUUUUUUAGCUCACACGUUUCUUGGUGUACUGACAUAAAAUUCCUUAAUGCUUGUAAGUAAAUAUAAGAAACAUAAGAACGUUACUUGUAAAUAUAAAAGAAUUUGUGAACCUACAUCCGCCCACUAUGAUACUCUUACAUUUCUUAGUUUAGGAGACUCAUUUGUCAAACGUUAUAAAGUGUAUAUCUGUUAAGAGGUUGAUAUGUAAUUAACACUUGGUUUUAAGGGGUGGUGUACCAUCCUCUAGCUUCUUUUAAAUAUGCGAUCAUUUGCAAUAAAUGGAUCGUCUUGAUUUACCGUUUUCAAUAAAUGCA